UCUUGGAUUACCCGAUCCCAAAUUUUGAUUUUCCCUCUAUUAAUCCGAGUCGAUUUCGCUUUCCCUAAGAUCCAGCUACAAAAUUCCACAAGUCCAUCCUUACAUUUUCCUUUGUAUUUCACCAAUUACUGAAAUUUGAUGUUCUUCUGAGAUUCGUUAAUAGGAUUUACUAGAUGGUUUCGUUGAUGGAAGCAUAUGCAAUGAACUUUGGAAAAGAAAAUUUUGAUUUAAAUCGAUUUGAAUGCUUAUAAAUUAUCGAUUUAGAAGUUUACUGUGAAAUUCUCAGAUUCUUCGGUUAUAUACAGUUGUUAUUUAGUUAGUCGAUCGAUCUUCACUUCGUUUUAGUACUUAAUAAGGAAACCAUGACAUUGGCUUCCCCAAAAGGCAAUGGUAAAAUGGUUGCUUUCCCUCGGGGCCUUACUUCCAUUGCAGCCUCAGUUGUGAUACUAGCAAUGUUCUUGAUUUUUGCUUCUUGGCUUCUAGUUUCGUUUCCGAUCGGUUCAGCUAUUAGAGGAUAUUUUUACAGUGUUGAUAGGAAAAUAGUUUUGCCUGCAUCGAAGAAUGUAGAUUACAGCUAUAGCAAUUCGUCAUCCGGGUCGAAUUUAGAACUGCCCACGAUGAGUUCAAAUAGUUCUGUUGUUGUUAAUAAUGAAAAAGCACAAGUUUCCAUUAGAUCUGUUGAAAAGGAUUCAAUGGCAUCUGAGUCUAAUGUAGAACCGUCUUCUAGUGGCAAAGAUUCAGUUGACUUGAAGAAUAAUGAGACUCUGGAGAAACCUACAGAGCUUCCAAAACUGUCGUCUAGAGCAACAGAAAAGAAGGCAGACAUGUCCGGUUUUCCGUCUAGCAAUACAUCUGAGAGCAAUUCUGUUGAUUCAGGCUGUGACCUAUACAACGGAAAGUGGUUCUAUGAUCCACAAGGACCAUCAUACACCAACAAUUCUUGCCCUGUCAUAACACAGAUGCAGAAUUGCCAGGCCAAUGGGAGGCCCGACAAGGAAUACGAGAAUUGGCGUUGGAAACCCUCUAAAUGUGACCUCCCCAGAUUUGAUGCCAAUAAGUUUCUCGAGUUGAUGAGAGGAAAGACACUUGCUUUCAUUGGUGAUUCUGUCGCUCGAAAUCAGAUGGAAUCGAUGCUGUGCCUUCUCUGGCAGGUUGAAGUUCCACAAAAUCGAGGGAACAAAAGAAUGCAACGAUGGCAUUUCGUGUCAACAUCUGUAAUGAUAGUCCGGAUAUGGUCUUCUUGGCUUGUUCGUGAAACCACUGAAAAAAUUGACUUUGCUCCCGAGGGUGUUACCAAGCUUCAUCUUGAUGCUCCUGAUGAUAAAUUAAUGGAGUUCAUCCCAAAUUUUGAUGUGAUUGUUAUUUCUUCCGGCCACUGGUUUGCCAAACAAUCUGUCUAUGUCUUGAACAAUGAGAUUGUGGGAGGACAAUUAUGGUGGCCAAAUGGAUCUCCUCCCAUGAAAGUCAACAAUGUCGACGCAUUUGGAAUAUCUGUAGAGACAAUUCUCUCCGCAAUUCUUACACACCCUAAUUACACCGGUCUGACUAUCGUACGUUCCUUUUCUCCUGAUCAUUACGAGGGCGGGGCUUGGAAUACGGGUGGAUCAUGUACUGGAAAGGAAAAACCUUUAGCCAUCAGUGAGUUAGUGGAGAACGGUUUUACAAAUAUAAUGCAUGAGAAACAGGUCUCGGGUUUUGAACGUGCUGUUAAGAAGGCAACAAAUAAGUCCAAGCUACAGUUGAUGGACAUUACCGAAGUCUUUUCGUAUCGCCAUGAUGGCCAUCCAGGCCCGUAUAGGAAUCCGGAUCCAAAUAAAAUCACAAAACGUGGUCCAGACGGAAAGCCACCUCCUCAAGAUUGCUUGCACUGGUGCAUGCCAGGUCCUAUUGAUACCUGGAAUGAACUCGUGCUUGAAAUUAUCAGAAGAGAAUUCGAUGGCAACCGAAACUCGUCGUCAUAAGAUUUGAUUGCGUGCUUCUGUAAUUGAAAGCAGUAACAUAAUCAGUUCAGUGAGAUGUAUGAGAAGAGGUAAGGAAAGUCCUUUGUGUUUAUACCUGUUGUAGCAGAUUGUAACAUUGAGCUAUUUUACUAGGGAAAAUUCACUCUUUACAGGAAAGAAAACAAAUCUUUCCAGAGAAA